UAAAGGGUUGGUUCACUCAACUCUCACCUUUAACUGUAUCUAGCCAUGCAAACAGUUUUGGUUUUAUUUGCACAAGUUUUUACAUAUUUUCCUCUUUUUUUCCCACAAUACAAUGGAGGUGAGUGGAAUUUAAUUUAUGGUGCCCACUGCAUUGAAAAAUAAAAUUUAGAAAUAUAGACAUGUCUUUCCAGUAAUAAUGGCCCAGUUACUCAGGAUAAUCCACAGAUCUCAACGUGAACAGUUUUCACUGGAAGUACCUUAUUAAGAGGUAGAUCCAGUGAAAACUUUGGACAGCAUGUUAUUGUAUUGUUCAGUGUAUCAGUGCAAGGUUGCAUCAACUGGGAAAAGCGGCAGCUCCCCAAAAGACUCGGGUUAGCUGAAUGUCAGUUAGCUGUAGUUAUAUAAUCAACUGAAAGUGUGUUUUUGGAAUUUGCACCACUUAAGUACAAUAUCAAUCAAUGAUAGGCUCUGCAUAAUUACCUAAUCUUGCCCUGUCAGAUGGAGCUGUUCUGUGUCAAAAUCUAGUUUCAACAUUAAUUUUAACAUGUAUUAUGCUGACAUGGUGCAUAUUACUUAAUACAUUUUUUUUAUUUUUUACUAGGUUAUUUGACAAAGGCAAUAGUCAAAUGUUCAUUUAUCCCUGGCUAGAUGUUAAAGGCACUCUUAAAAAUAGGAUAAAAUGACUAAUAUAAAAUUCAUAUACACAACAUAAUAAAUAUGCACAAAAAGAUAGUAGGCCUACAGUUCACAUCCACCACAGUAUAUCACAUGGCAGUUAGCAACAAUUCAAACUUGAUAAGUAAAGAAAAAAAGUUGUGUUUAAUAAUAUUACCACAAACUAUAGGAGCCCAACGAGUGGCACCCUAACAGGGUAAUCCAGCCAUGUAAAGUGGACAUUGAUUCUGGAAAUUCCAUUCACCUCCGAUGUACUGAGAUAGAGUACGAUCUUAAAGACAAAUAUCUCACAACCUGGGAAAAUAAGACUAUGUGGCUAGAUACCAUCCUUCAUCCUUUAACAAACAACCUCAAACCCUAUGACUCAACCUCUCUGACACAGUUUCAACAAAUAAUGGACAUUAUAACCCUCUCCAAAGUUAGUGAGAGCAGAGAUAGUGGACUGUAAUUUAUUGCACAGGACAAAUGUUGGCUAAUGUUGUCCUGAACUUAAGACCACCAACCCCAUAAAUGUUAUUAUUACAUAUCGCAUUGUGAAACCUAGUAAACUAAUAGGUAGAGUAUUAGUCCACACCAGUAUUAUCAUUUUCUAGACCUUAGAGGUCCUUAUUGCUGUAGAUGUCACCCAUUGAAUAGACAAGACUUUACAAACAUGUAUUAAUCUCAGGAUAUUAUUUCCUGCAAGAAAUGUUGCAGGGUUUGCAUCACUGCCAGCUACACAGAAAGCAAAUUCUAGGAAAAUACAGAAGUUAAUGCCAAAAAGUAAUAUGAAUAUUACACUUGUAUAAUUAAAACCAAGUCCCUUUCUAAAAGUGUAUGUUGGAGGGUUAGAAGACAAAUAAUUAUUUAUUUGUAUAUUUCUUUGUUUCAAAUGUUAUUUUCGUAUGCAGUGGAGCAGCAAACUUUUAAUAAUGCCACGUUUUACGCAGAAAAAUGAAUAUGCUACUCCUUUCUCAGAAAGUUAAGAUGAGAUGGGGUGUUAUAGUGUGGCGUUAAAUACUGUAGGAUUCUAAUCAUGCGCCCCAGCUAUAAUGCAAUCAAGGCUGUUAAUUAAUCUACAUCAGCAAAGGACCCCUGAGGGCCCUCGAGCUCCAGUUUGGGAACCACUCGUUCAAAUGUUAAAAAACAAAAAGCUGUCACGUGUGCGUCGCCACUGUCACUCAGCUUUCCCACGGUCGCCUGGCGACAUCAAAGGGUUUCCACAAGCAAAUGUCAAACAACUGUGGCGCUGAAAGGCGCGCCAGCACGAGACAGUUACCCAAAUGGCACGCGUGGUCUACUGCGACACGGAGGUGUGAAUGCAACAGUGUUUAACCACUGUUAAACACCCUGCGGACUUACUAACAAAUGCAAAGGCAGGUGUGAAUGGCAAAGUGUCGGCACUUGCCGUAAGUGAGCGCACAGUUAGUUACAAGGUUAAUAGAAGGGAAUAAGGAGAAAGAAAGAAAGCCGUCUAAUAAAUGAUUUUGAUCAAAUAAUAUGGAGGCUAUAAUUUCUCAAUUUGGCACCAGAAAUGACAUUAUGGACGAAAGAUGUCGCAGGCUUUGGUAGUCUACAUUAAUAAACCAGCAGAACAGAUGGACAGACAUGCCAACUCAUUCAGUGACUCGCACCUCAAAUGGUACAUGCCACGCAAAUGGUUUAUGCUGUACUGACUACUGCAUCCAAGUCUCUAGGGGGGAAAAAUACAAUAAAAGCGCAAAAACAUCACUAUGUACUCACAAUUUAGUGUCGCAUAUAAUAUAAAUGUCCGUAAACUAACAUUAUUAUGAUUUUAAAUGUUAUAAAUUCGUCAUAAUUUACUGUCAAUAUUAAGAUUUGUGAAAUGGUUCUUUUCCACUUUUUUGUAUUAUUUUUUAAUGCAAAAAAGCAAUACUCAAAUUCUCAUAUAUAUCACUGGCAUUUGGGAAAUACAAAGGUGAGGUUACCAGUUAUCAGCUUUUCCACUGUUCACCGCUGAUUUAAUCUCAAAGAAAGCAAAUCUUAACUUAAUUUUUCUAUAUUUUUAAGGUAAAAUCAGUCAUUUUACGCAUGGCUUUUUACGCACGGGUUCGCGCGUAAUAUGCUUUCAUACUCUUGUGUCUUGUUUUUUGUAGCUUAAGCACAAGCUGGUUUGUUCCAUGAUGUCGAGAUCGGAUCAAUAAAUUGUAAGAUAAGUCAAUUUAAUUCAGUUUAAAGUAUCUCUCGAGCGGCCGAGGGGAGGGGGUGGGUGGCAGCUGCGGGAGGUGGGUGCGCUUGUAAAAUUUGAUGGUAGGAGGAGUCUGCGGGACUGGCUGGGAGGAGGUAAAAGGAGCAGCCUGAGACAAGAGCCUCAUUACCUGAUCAGUUGCAGACUGACCUGUUGGUCCACUGGCUACAAUGAAACUGUUACAGGAAACAGAGGAUGCAACAAACGAAAGAAAGUUCAUAAAAUCUCAGGUGGAGAAACAUCGAAGGGAGAGGAUGAACCGCAGUCUGGAGCACCUGAGGACCAUGUUGCUUCAGGAGCCACAACAACUGGGUGGGACUCAGCGCAGAGUGGAGAAAGCUGAGAUACUUGAGCACACAGUCCACUUCCUACAGAACACUGCUAAAGGAGACAACACGAGAGCUGGAGGAGGUGGUGGAGGCCAGAAACACUCCUUCCAAGACGGCAUCUCCACCUGCAUGCAGAGAGCUGCACACUUCCUGGGACCUGAAGGGAAAGGCCUGUGGCUUGGAGCAGCACUGGAUGCAUCUUUUGCUGCUCGCUUUUCCUGUCCAGACUCUGAUCCUGCAGGCCUUCGAAGGAGGACUGAAGCCGGUUCCUCCAGCUCUCUGCCACACACAAAGUCCAUUCUACGGAUGCUGAGGCUAAAGUCCAAGCACAGACUGCAUACACAAGCCUUCAGCGUGAACAGUUUUGCUCAUCCAUACCGACUUCCAGUCCAGCAGGGGUUUCCCAGAAUUCCCCAACAGGCUCAGAGACAACAUCAGCUUGAGAUCAGGGCGGAGACAGGAGCGAGCAAACAGAGCCCAUCCCAGAGCCACCCGGUCAGCCAAACUUUGUGGAGGCCCUGGCCUUGAUCACAUUGAAUUUUUAAUGACUCUAACAACUGUUUAAUCUUCCUGAAAGAACAUUUGCAUUGUAGUCUUGUGAACAACAACAUCUGGUCUUCUUAUAACUCAUAACGUUGUUGGUAUUCAACCACACCCUCAAGGCCUGUAAAUAAUGUAAAAAUCUCAUUUGUACAUGUGCUGUCUGUGUGAUAGGGUUGACUCAAUACUCUUGUUUAAUGCUUUUGAAUGAGCGCAGUCAGUGGGGCAGCCAUUUAUUCUGCUGACAGGCACAGGGACUCUCCCAGACUGAGACAGAUGUGAGCUGGAUCGCGUGGCUGAGCCGAGUUGUCCAGCUGGGACUGCCGCUAUGCUGAAGUGCAAGUUUAGAGGUGAGUAUCGUGGAGCUGAAGAGUUUCUGUCCUCCUUCAUAUACUGUUAAAACCCCGCUGAUACUGAAGUGGAUAAUGACAGAGUGUCCAUCCAUCACAUUUCCAGGUGUGGGACUUCAGGGUUUGAGGCUGGGAGAGCCCCAUGCAGCCCCUCACAUUCACCUGUGUGCCAUGAUGUCUGCCGGCAUUUAUGACAUCUGUGGCUCUGUGUACAAUAUAACUUGUAUUCUCUUUAAAUAUAUACCUUGUCUAUUUUGCACACUAAUUUAUUCUGGAUGUCUCCCUAUGGUGAGCAGUAUUCUUUUUUAUAAAAAAAUA